AUGUCUGCUCCGCUUGGGCCCCGGGGCGGCCCGGCCGCUCCUCCUGCGGCUGCUCUCGCAGAGAUGCCGGACCUCAGCCACCUUACUGAGGAGGAGAGAAAGAUCAUCCUCGCAGUCAUGGACCGACAGAAGAAGGAAGAUGAAAAGGAACAGUCAAUGUUAAAGGACAAAGAAGAACAAAAGCCUCAGCCAGCACAGUGGUUUCCCUUUAGCGGGAUCACUGAGCUGGUUAAUAACGUUCUACAGCCCCAGCAAAAAUCCCAAAAUGAGAAGGAGCCUGAUACGAAAUUGCACCAGCAGUUUGAAAUGUACAAGGACCAGGUGAAGAAGAUUGGAGAAGAAGCACAGCUGACACAAGAGCAAAAAGGAGACACUCCCACCUGUGGGAUCUGCCACAAGACCAAGUUUGCCGAUGGCUGUGGCCAUAUCUGUUCAUAUUGCCAAACUAAAUUCUGUGCACGAUGCGGAGGUCGUGUGGCUCUGCGGUCAAAUAAGGAGGACAAAGUGGUAAUGUGGGUAUGCAAUUUGUGCCGAAAACAACAAGAAAUCCUCACCAAGUCGGGCGCCUGGUUCUACAGCGGGCCCAACUCCUCCCAGCAGCCUGGCAGCGCUGACGGUGCCCGGGGCCGCCGGCAUGAAGAGGCCCCCCAGGAGAAGAGGGCCAAACUACAGGGCCCGUCCCCCGACCCGUCCGACAAAAGCAGACCUUACGGACUCCCGCGGCAGGAAUCCCUCAGAAACGGUUCAGGGCUGAGGCAUUCAGGUCCAGGAGACGGGCCUGACAGAAAAAGAAGCCCGUCGGCAUCCAGGGAUCCAAACCAAAAAUACGACCAAAGGGAGGAGAGGGGCGACCGCUCGCAGUAUGCCCUGUCGGACGGCGGGAUGCCCCGGUCUCCGUCGGACUACGGGGGCCGGGAGCCUCGGCGGGCCGGGCGGGGGUCGCGCGCGUACGAGGACGCGGACGCGGCCCGGGGGGAGUACCAGUUGCGGCGGGGUCGCUGGCGCUCUCAGGAGUACCCCCCGGACGAGGAGCCGGGCCCCCCGCUGAGCGAGUGCGAGCUGCAGCGGCGCAGAGAGGAGGAGUACCAGGCUCGCUACCGCAGCGACCCCAACCUGGCCCGCUACCCGGUCAAACCCCAGCCCUACGAGGAGCAGAUGCGCAUUCACGCCGAGGUGUCGCGGGCGCGGCACGAGCGUCGCCAUAGCGACGUGUCGCUGGCCUACACCGAGCUGGACGAGCCGCAGGGGCCCGGGGCGAGGGCCGAGGGCCAGCGCUCCUACUCGGUGGACAGGACUUCCCCCGGCCACCGGUCCAACAACAGCCCGCCGACCCCGCGCCGGAGCCCCGUGCUGGGGGAGAGGGCGGGGCCCGCGCGCGUGCAGCAGCACCACCUGGACCCCAGCUCGGCCGUGCGGAAGACCAAGCGGGAGAAGAUGGAGACCAUGCUGCGGAACGACUCGCUCAGCUCCGACCAGUCCGAGUCGGUGCGGCCGCCCCCGCCCAAGCCCCACAAGAGCAAAAAGCUGGGCAAGAUGCGGCAGCUGUCCUUCAGCAGCUCGGAGGAGGAGCUGGCCACCACGCCCGAGUACACCAGCUGUGAGGAUGUGGAGAUCGAGAGUGAGUCUGUCAGCGAGAAAGCAGAUAUGGACGGGCACUGGUGGGACCACACGUCGUGGCACAGCAGCGAGGCCUCCCCAAUGUCUUUGCAUCCUGUGACAUGGCAGCCAUCCAAAGACGGAGAGCGUUUGAUCGGGCGGAUUCUGCUAAACAAGCGGAUGAAAGACGGAAGCGUUCCUCGAGACACGGGCGCACUGCUGGGACUGAAGGUGGUUGGAGGAAAGAUGACAGAAUCUGGUAGACUUUGUGCUUUCAUCACGAAAGUGAAGAAAGGAAGUCUAGCAGAUACUGUUGGCCACCUCCGACCAGGUGAUCAGGUACUGGAGUGGAAUGGCAGGCAUUUACAAGGAGCCACAUUUAAAGAAGUUUACAAUAUUAUUCUCGAAUCUAAGCCUGAACCCCAGGUUGAGCUGGUGGUUUCGCGACCCAUUGGGGAUGUUCCCAGAAUACCAGACAGCACACAUGCACAACUGGAAUCCAGCUCAAGUUCCUUUGAGUCCCAGAAAAUGGAGCGCCCCUCUAUCUCUGUUACUUCUCCCAUGAGCCCCGGCAUGCUGAGGGACGCCCCCCAGUACCUGUCUGGACAGCUCUCAGUAAAACUCUGGUAUGACAAAGUGGGUCAUCAGCUCAUCGUCACAAUCCUGGGAGCAAAAGACCUACCCUCCAGGGAAGACGGACGGCCCAGGAACCCCUACGUAAAAAUCUACUUUCUCCCCGACAGAAGUGACAAAAGCAAGAGAAGGACAAAAACGGUAAAGAAAUCUUUAGAGCCCAAAUGGAACCAGACCUUCAUGUACUCGCCCGUGCACCGGCGGGAGUUCCGCGAGCGCAUGCUGGAGAUCACCCUGUGGGACCAGGCGCGCGUCCGGGAGGAGGAGAGCGAGUUCCUGGGAGAGAUCCUUAUCGAGCUGGAGACGGCCCUGCUGGACGACCAGCCCCACUGGUACAAGCUGCAGACGCACGACGUGUCCUCCAUGCCACUGCCCAACCCCUCGCCCUAUCUGCAGCGCAGGCCGGUGCAGGGAGAGAGCCCCACACGCAGGCUGCAGAGAUCUCAGAGAAUCAGUGACAGUGAGAUCUCUGAUUUUGACUGUGAGGACGGGAUCGGAGUAAUAUCAGAUUACAGGCACAACGGCAGGGAUCUGCAGAGCUCCACGCUGUCUGUACCCGAGCAGGUGAUGUCAUCCAACCACUGCUCCCGGUCGGCGGAGAUGAACCGGGUCCGGUCGCGUUCCCCCAGCGUACCCCCUCCACACAGCCGGAGUCUGGACCACGGAGCCCGUGGCGGCCCGCAGUACAACACCACGAGCCGGAUGGACCGCCAGCGCACGUCAGACGACCGGUACUCCCCCGACAGGGCGCACCCCCGCAGCGGAUCGGUCCAAACCAGCCCCACCAGUACUCCCAUGUCCAGUCGGAGAGGACGGCAACUACCACAGGUCCCUUCAAAGGGGACGCUGGACAGAAAAGAUGGAGACCAAGGAACAGAGCCUUACGAAGGUGCCAUGGAAGUGGAAGAGCGAACACGGCAAAUGAAGUUGAAGAUGAACAAGUACAAGCAGGGUGCUGGCUCUGACUCCAGGCUGGAGCAGGUCAGGAAACGGCGGUCGGGCAGGGAUCCACAGCGAGGCUCGGACAACCUCUCCACCAAGUCGUCGGACAGCGAUGUCAGCGACGUGUCCGCUGUGUCGAGGACCAGCAGUGCUUCUCGAUUCAGCAGCACGAGCUACAUGUCUGUCCAGUCCGAACGGCCGCGGGGGAACCGCAAAAUCAGGUACACAAAAAGUAAAAGUCAGUCGAGGGAGUGCGACGAGGAGGUUUUGCCCGAAGUGGCAGAGGAGGUGUGGGGGGUGGAGGAGGGUAGGGCCGAGGAGGGCGGGGCAGGGAGGGAAAUGAAAGGAGUGGAAAUGGAGGAGGAGGAGGCUGAGCUGGAAGAUGGGGAGCUGCAGAGAAGGUUCUCAGAGAACGAUGUCAGGCAGAUGGGUGCGUCCGGGAACAACAUGGCCAAGAGCUCCAGCAUCAGCGGAGACAUGUACACGCUGGAGAAGACGGACGGCAGCCAGUCGGACACGGCCGUGGGGACGGUGGAGACGGGGGACAAGAAGAGGCGCUCCAGCAUCGGUGCCAAAAUGGUGGCGAUCGUCGGCCUGUCCAGGAAAAGCCGGAGCACGUCUCAGCUCAGCCAAACAGGUAGGGGGGGUAAAAAGCUGCGCAGUACGGUGCAGAGGAGCACGGAGACGGGGCUCGCUGUGGAGAUGAGGAGCAGGAUGACACGGCAGGCCAGCCGGGAGUCCACCGACGGCAGCAUGAACAGCUACAGCUCGGAGGGAAACCUUAUCUUCCCCAGCGUGCGCCUCUCCUCUGACAGCCAGUUCAGCGACUUCCUGGACGGGUUAGGCCCCGCCCAACUCGUCGGUAGACAGACGCUGGCCACACCUCCAAUGGGUGACAUCCAGAUCGGAAUGGUGGACAAGAAGGGGUCUCUGGAGGUGGAGGUCAUCCGUGCGCGUGGUCUUGUGGGAAAGCCAGGUUCCAAGGCACUGCCAGCACCCUAUGUGAAAGUGUACCUGUUGGACAAUGGAGCCUGCGUAGCCAAAAAGAAAACUAAAGUAGCGAGAAAAACCCUGGACCCACUCUACCAGCAGCAGUUGUCAUUUGAGGAGAGUCCGACAGGAAAAGUGUUACAGAUCAUCGUCUGGGGAGACUAUGGACGCAUGGACCACAAAUCCUUUAUGGGAGCUGUUCAGAUACUGUUAGAUGAUCUUGACCUGUCCAACAUGGUGAUUGGCUGGUUCAAACUCUUCCCCCCUUCCUCACUGGUGGACCCAACCUUGGCACCUUUAACUAGAAGAGCUUCCCAAUCCUCAUUGGAUAGUUCCUUGGGACCUUGCGCUCGAUCGUAGCACUGCAAGGGGAACAAGUAGCGUUGUCGUAGCAACCAGCAUCAGAGUCAAACGGUCUCAACAAAGUCACGCCCCGGUUACACUGCAUGCUUGAUGUUGUGUCUUCUGAGCCGGUUACUAGGGGAGCGAGGUGUGGGUCUGUGCUGCCAGCCAGCGUCGCACACGGACACAGCCCCUGCGCGAGAGAGCCAGGCGCAGGGCCGCGGAAACAACGCGCUAACGCACCCGGAACUCAGCGGUAUUCGCUCCUCAUCCAACUCGAAGCCAUGGAGAAAAAAAAAAAGAAUAACCAAGAACCGAUCGACGAGUUCUACAGAAACCCUUUUAAAAAAAACAAAACAAAACAAAACAGAAAAGUCAUUGUUUUUUUGUUCGUUUUUUAAUUUUUUGUUUCGUUUUUCGUUCGUUGUUGAUAUUCCUGUUGUACCCGAUGGGGUGACCAUGUUUCUUACCAGAUGCUUGGUAACGCCAUGCCAACAAGCCCAGCUGUGAGCCACAGGGACUAUUAUGAGCAGAUGAGGGAGCGUCUGGGUCGGGAUGGGCCAACCGACACCCAGAUGAGCCUUCCCCUCCUGUACCCCUACAUAUGCAUUAUGUUCUCAGAGUUAAAGCUCAUCUCCAGAGACUAUUCAGAGUAAAAAAAAAAAAAAAGAAAUGGCAAUACAGAUGUGGCUAUCGUCCAGGAUCCAGUAUACAUUAGAACCCACACCAACUAAAUGAACUUUUGUGAUCUGAUAGAAUUAUUUCUCUGUUGAUACCUUCUGUGAAAUUGAAAAGAAAAAAAAACUAAGGAUUUUUUGCAUGGACACAAAUUUAGCUGAACUGAAAAAGUAUAUUUAAAAAAUUAUUUUCUUGAGGCUGCAACUUGCAACGAAAAGAAAAAUGACAGAUCAGCCAUUUUCAACGAUUUAUAUUAUUUUUAAAGAUAAAUUUCACUAAUGCAUGGUUUUCAAGGGGAGUGAAUGCAAGGGUGUGAUAAAAAAAGAAUAAACUAUGAUUUACCAUCUUUAGACCAUUCAUUCGCCUGUAUUUUUACAGAUGAUCAGAAAAGGGAAACUUUAAAAAAACUUGCAUAUAUUGAAGAGAACAGAUGUUUAUGUGACAAAGAGAGGAUAAAUUAAAUGUAAAGUAUUUAUUUCAUUGUAAAGGUGGAAGCCUUAUGAAGAUAAACAUUAUGUGCAAAUUGUACACUCUUCUCUCUCCUCCCUCCCAGAGUGAGUGUUGAACUAAUCAUUGCCAUUGUUGUCAGCCCCCCCUCCCCCUGCCGGAAUGUGUCCAGAUUUGUCAGGACUGUAGAUUAUGUUACAGCCCUGUAUUACACAAUAUUUCAUUGGGAUAUGAUUUACAAGCAUGCUGAAAGUUUUUGGUUUUGUUUAUUUUUUUUAUUUUUUAUUUUUAUUUUUAUUUUGCAACAUGGCUUGGACACAUUUCCAGUAACUCAGCAUGUUUUGAUAGAGAAUAUAUUUGGAAUUUUUGCAGUUUCUUGUACAGUGCAUGUAAACCAAGUUGCGUUUCUCCCUCCUUGAAUUGAAUUCUACAGAAAGUCAGUGGUGGGCUCCAAUACCCAGCCAUGCAAACAUUUGAUGAAACAUUCCACCUCCCAGAUUUAUGAUUUCUUUCUGAUUAACAAUUGAACUUAAAUAAAAGUUUUAUAUUUAAUGGAGGUUGACUAGAAAAAAAAAGAAUACUUAAGGUUGCAAGUAUAUUUUAUUUUAAUAUUGUUAUAAAGAAAAGUUUUAAAAAAUCCAAAAUGGAUUGCAUCAGUUGGUAUAGCAAGAUGAAAUAUACCAGGCCAAGCAACAGCAAAGGAUAGUUCUGUAACGGACUGGAUUUUGCUGUGAAGAUCAUUUUUACAGGCACUGUUUGUGAAACUUGGAAUGCAUCACAUGGUAUUUGGAAACCGCGAAUUGCCACACAACAUGGAUUUUUAAUCGUUUCCUGUUCAGAAAAUAAAAUAAAAUUUGAUUAGUUUAUUUAAAAGAAACACCAACCAUAAAAUAAGGAAACUGUAAUUUUAAUUUUAAUUUUCCUUUGUUUUUUUAUGAAUAUGAUUGCUUCUCAAAAUGGGGAGUAUAUGAAUUUAAAGGUAAUUAAAAUAUUUAAAUUAAAACUGUGAGACAUGAUUCCUCUUCCUUGGAGAAAAAGAAAAGGUUUAUCUUGUAGCGGUAUGCACUGCACUUUUUUUGCAACAAGUUCUAUAUUUAAUUUUGCAUUGUACAUACCAAGUGAUAGGAUUGAGGUGGUUUUAAUAUACAGAGCUUGUUGCUCAGGAAGAGGAGUCAUGCCUUGCGCGACAGACAGGUGUUAUUUACCCUUUUGAAUGCCUUUUCUUUUUUUUGGUGCAAUGUGUUCCUGCCAAGGCUAUGUCUUGGAACAGUAUGGUUGAGUACAGAGAUUUAUGUAAGUUAUUUUUCAAAUUAAAAAUAAAAAACUGGAUAUUACACAAA